UGCUAUACAUGUGUUUAUAAGAAGUUAGUGGCCUUCGAAGUUCUGUAUUGAAAAGUGAGGUUUCAGUUUUGCUCUGUUUUUAUUUUUAGUUAAAAGUGUCAGGGCACUUUUGAGAAUAACGUAAUCUGGAAUAUUAUUCUGUCUCAAUCGUUAAUUUGGAAGAUAAAAUUUGAGUGCAAAAGUGCAUAGGCAUUUUGACAAUUGUUUAUAAUACUCGGAGAAUCACUUCACACUUGUGACUUGAAUCCGUUGGAAACAAGUCGGAGAUCGAAUUUCAGUGAAACUAAAAGGCAAUAAUGUUGAUUCUACAACUCCUGCUUUUUCUUACACUGCUGAUUGUGAUGUUCAUUUUUAACAAAAAUAGAAAAAAGUUAAAAUUGCCUCCUGGUCCUUGGCAACUUCCAUUUCUCGGAUAUUUACCAUUUAUCAACGCUAAAAGUCCUCACUUAACAUUAACAGCUUUAGCAAAGCAAUAUGGAUCAAUAUUUGGAAUAAAUAUGGGAUCUGUUUAUGCUGUUGUAUUAUCUGAUCAUAACAUCAUUAGGCAGGUAUUGGCUAAAGAAGAAUUCUCUGGAAGAGCACCAUUAUAUCUCACACAUGGUAUUAUGAAAGGCUACGGUUUGAUUUGUGCGGAAGGGGAAUCUUGGAAGGAGCAAAGAAAGUUUGCAAUAAAAUGCCUAAAAGAUUUUGGUAUAGUGAAAUAUUCAUGUAUCAAAAGAGAUAAAUUGGAAGAGAGAAUUUUGACCAGUGUCAAUCAAGUCAUUUUGAAACUGCAGGAUCAAGGAUGUUCAGAAGAUGGAAUCGACCCAUUUCACAUUCUACAUCAUUGUUUAGGAAACUUCAUAAAUGAUUUAGUAUUUGGAAUCACUUACGAUGAAAACGAUGAAACCUGGAUGAAGUUACAAAAAUUGCAGGAAGAAGGUCUUAAAUAUAUUGGUGUUGCCGGUCCUUUAAAUUUUCUACCAUUUUUAAGGCAUCUUCCUCGAUACAAGAAUAUGAUGAAAUUCGUCACAGAUGGACAAAAGGAAACUCAUAGAAUAUACCAAAAAUUGAUAGAAAAGCAUGAAAAGGAUCCAACUACUUUAGAUCAUUUUUUGGCAGCUUUUACAUCUGAAAUGAAAAAACGAAUGAUGACUAGUGAGAUCUCAUCUUUUGCAGACCCUCAAAUAUAUUAUCUUUUAGCUGACAUGUAUGGAGCCGGAGUUGAUACAACUCUAACGACUUUACGUUGGUUUCUUCUGUUUAUAGCACUUCAUUUUAAAGAACAGGAAGAAAUUCAAAAAGAAUUAGACGCCGUUAUAGGUGAUCGAAGACUUACCCUUAAUGAUAGCUCCAGUUUACCGAGACUUGAAGCAGCAAUUGCAGAAACUCAACGUAUAAGAUCUAUUGUUCCCUUAGGGUUUCCUCAUGGAUCAAUAAAAGUUUGUAUUGAUUCAAAAAUUUGUGGAUAUGAUAUACCGAAAGGAAGUAUGAUAAUUCCAUUGCAGUGGGCAGUACACAUGGAUUCACGAUUUUGGUCGGAGCCUGAAAAAUUUAAACCAGAAAGAUUUUUAGCUGAAGACGGUAGCCUUGCAAAACCAGAAGCUUUCCUACCUUUUCAAAGUGGUAAACGAAUGUGCGUGGGUGACGAACUUGCCAGAAUGAUAUUACUAUUCUUUACCGCUCACAUCCUUCAAUCAUUUACCUUAUCUACUCCUGCAGAUAUUUUGCCUGAUACAGAGGGAGAUUGCGGAAUAACUCUUUCUCCUAAGCCUCAUCAUCUAAUAUUCACACCAAGAUCAGGACGUACAAAGGCAUGAAAAUUUAUAAAAUAUUAUUUUACGCGCAAUGUUAUUUACAAAAUAUAAGGUAAUAGGAUAAAUGGUUUUUUACCUUACAAUUGAUUGGCCGUCGUCUUGUUAAACUAAAAAUAUCAUAUGAAAAAAUUUAUAUAAAAUAUUUUUUAUAAAUUAUGCGUAAUAAAUCUUAAAACAAUC